AUGCUCCCUGUGUGGCUGCCCAAUGCGACAAUCCCCUCGUUCUCCCAAAGUGAUUGCCUGCUGCAGUGCAGCAUGAAGUCUCGGCCCCAGGGGGCCCACAAUGCUCUGAUACCUCAUCCGGCACCCUGUCAGCCAACAAGCCCUACCCUCCUGCCCCCCUCGACCCCAUCAGCGGUCGCCGCAAGAGUAUCCGUGUCAGCUUACAGCAAGUGGCAGAGACGCGAGCCUGAGAGGGCGACCAGUGCCGGCCGGGGGACAUCCCCCGCCGCCGGACCCCGCCGCCCGCCCCAAAGGCCCUCACGCCUUGGCGGGCGCGGCGCCCUUGGGGGCGUCGGUGACGCCGACGAUGCCGGCCGCCAGGCGCUCCUCCCUCCUCGCCAGCUUCCUCUCGCGCAUGGCCUUGUUCUUGGCGCGGCGCGCCUCGAACUGGUCGGCCAGCGCCUUCUCGCGAAUGCGGUCCGCCUUCUGCUUGUGGAUGGCCUCCAUCAGCACGCGCUUGUUCUUGUACACGUUACCCUUGACCUUCAGGUACAGCUCGCGGUACAGGUGGCGGUCGAUCUUCUUGGAGUCGCGGUACUUCUUGAGCAUGCGGCGCAGCACGCGCAGGCGGCGCAGCCACAAGACCUUGGUGGGCAGGCGGGCCUCGCGGGUUCCGCGCCGCUUACCUGCAUGUGGGUGCCCGGGAUGGAGGGGGGGGUUGUGAAGUAG